AGAGCAAAAUUGGCAAGUCCUCCUUCGACUAACGCGAAACGCCGCCGCGUUCUUUACUCUCCCCUUACGCGACGUGCCUUGGCCUACCGGCUUCAGCGAUUCUUCUUCUCGCCGCCUCAACCAACCCGUCAGAUCAGAUAGCGCAACUGCCCAACGCCGUCCUUCCCCAUCUCUCCGCUUUCCCUUUGCUCCACUCUCCUUCUUCGCCUUCCGGCCCUCGCGACCAUGAUUUCCACCGCUAGUGGACCCAAAACCGUCGUCACCGGCUACCCUGCUGCCACCGCCGGCUCAUCCUACCCCUACCCGGCUCCGCCGCCAGCCUCCUACUACCCUAAUGGCCAUCCGCCCCCACCCCCGCCCCAGCCGCUGUACUACCCCGCGGCUUACCCCGCCGCCGCCCCUCCUCCCCGCUACAACACCGCUUUCCUCCGCCGCCUCCUCUCCAUCGCUGUUGCCCUCUUCCUCCUCUUCGGCCUCAUCACGCUCAUCGUCUGGCUCGUCCUCCGCCCCCGCUUACCGGAGUUCACCGUCUCCUCUGCUACCGUCUCUGGUUUCAACCUUUCCACCUCGCAGCAGCUGCUGUCCGCCGACUUCGAUCUCGAUCUUACCGUCCGUAAUCCCAACAGCAAGAUGGGGAUCUACUACGACCACGUCGCCGCUGCCGUCCUCUAUGGUUCCGACCCCCUGUCCGAGACCUCGCUCGCGCCUUUCUAUCAGGCGAAAGGGGCGACCACCGCUCUCCGCGCUCGGCUUGUGGCAGUCGGGAUGUACGUCGAUUCCAACGUGGUGAAGGGGAUCAACUCGGACCGUGGCCGAGGCGAUGGGGCUGUGCGCUUCCAGGCUAGGGUUUCGGCGUGGGUGAGGUUUAAGCCCGGGGCAUGGAAGACGAGAUGGCACACGAUGAGGGUCUACUGCGAUGAUGUCCCGAUUGGUUUGAGAAAUGGGACAACUGCAGCGACCACGGGUUACCUGGUCGGCUCGACACCAAAGAAAUGCGUGGUUAAUCUCUGAAAAUUUAGAGAAUGUUCACAUCAAUUUUUUUGUCGCCUUUGCUGUGCAACAGAAGCUGAAGGACGGUGCAACAGAAGCUGGGUGUGAGAUGGUUGGUGCAGUAACAUACGAGGAUACCGCAGUUGUGUCAGUCUUCCUAUUCGAAAGCAAGGUCAAGGUAUCCACGAGAUUAGUUGACGUGAGUGGUGUGAAGUCUCUUGGAGUUGGAAGCAUGCGGCUCACCUAACAUGUGGUGGUGUCUCAUGAUGACCGAUUUGCCUUGCCUGCCCACAGAUUUCUUUAGCAAACUACCAAAGGAUUCACUAACGUGUUAGGGACGGGACCCGAUGCGGAUGGGAUCGUGUUUGUCAUAGCGUCAAUGCUAUUUUCCCGGGGCUCUGUUCCUGCUUCCUCUUUUUCUUUCAGAUAUGGCCUACGGUAUUCAAAUCAUAUAGACAUAUGGUCAAUUGUGUUUUCCCUAGAGAUUACGUCUGCGUUACGUUCAGUCACCCACGUUCAAUAUCUUGAUGCCAUGUCAUGAUGAGAGGUAACAUUGGUUUUCGUAUGGAGUCCGAUUGUUCCUAAUCCCUGAUCUGGGUGGCUUGGCAUGUUUCAUGGAUGCCUGUUAUAAUUUGUAUAAGAGUGCAAUCGAAGUUUGUUCGAUCAAUUGAAGCCAA